AAUUUCCAUAAAUGUCAAUGUCAAACCAAGUACAAUAUAAAAUGGUGGUUGUUAUGCAGAGAAAAUUUCCAAAAUAUGUUUUUUAAACUUUGGAUUAGCUUUAAUUUAUAGAAGUUUAUUUUUAAGGGGAAUAUGUGCAUUUAUGAAACCUAGACAAGUGGGAAUAUUAUGGUGAACACUCUAAAGUGAUGACAAGCCAAAACUCUACACAGAGGUAUCAACCCUAUAUUUUUGAUCAAUUUCGUCAAUCUGAUGGCCAAUGGGAAUCUUCAUCAGCCACCAAUCCUCCCACUGUUCCUGCUAGGGGUGUCAAACGAAUCACCCCAAGUGAAUUAUCACACGUUUAUGAAGAAACUUCGUGGAUGGCACCACAAACGUUAUCACAGAUGGAUAAUAAUGUAGUACACCAAUGCAACUUACUUAUGCGUCAAAAUAAUAUGAAUGCAAGUCCGGCAGAUGAGGUGAACUUCAGAAAUCAAAUUGGCAUUAAUGAACAUGAUGUUAAUGUUAAUAAUGUACAAAGUCCACUAAGAUCCAGCUCAAAAUAUUCAUUUUCUUCUUGGUACCAUGGCAAAAUUUCACGAGAUGAAGCAGAAAACUUAUUGCGUCCUAGGUCAGAUGGCCUGUUCCUAAUUAGAGAAUCAACUAACUUUCCAGGCGACUAUACCCUUUGUGUUUGCUUUCAAUCAAAAGUCGAGCAUUACAGAGUUAAAUCAAAUAGUGGUAGGUUGACAAUUGAUGAUGAGGAAUUUUUUGACAGUUUAGAAGAGCUGAUUGAACAUUACAAGAAAGAUGCUGAUGGAUUGUGUACGAAAUUAGUCAAAACCUUGCCCAAAGAAAGUGAAGUCUUGUAUUCCAACACUAAGAUGUCAAUUGUUAAGGAAGGAGAUGAUCUGUUUGUUAUUCCAGAGCCAGAGCUAACAAUAUGUGAGUCCAUAGGCAAAGGAGAAUUUUGCGAGGUUAUGCUUGGAAAAUGGAAAAACAAUAAAGUGGCUGUUAAAGUAUUGAAGGAUUCAAGCGAAGCUGAAGCAAUUUUAAUGAAAUCACUACACCAUGAAAACUUAGUUAAUUUGCUUGGAAUUGUAAGGAAGAAGGAUCAGAUCUACUUGGUGACAGAAUACAUGAGUAAAGGGAGUUUAGUGGACUAUCUGAGAUCCAGAGGGAGACAGCAUGUCACAAAAAAAGAUCAAAUUAAUUUUGCUUUUGAUACUAGCUCUGGAAUGGAGUAUUUGGAAAUGAUGCAUGUUGUACAUCGAGAUUUAGCUGCCAGGAAUGUACUGAUUGCUGAAAAUGGCAGAGCAAAAGUAUCUGAUUUUGGCUUGGCUAGAAAUGAAAAGAAUGCUACUUCUGAGUCAGCUAAAUUACCUAUUAAAUGGACUGCUCCUGAAGCUCUCAAACAAAACAAAUUUUCAAAUAAAUCUGACAUGUGGAGUUUCGGAAUCCUAUUAUGGGAAAUAUAUUCUUUUGGUAGAGUACCUUAUCCUAGGAUACCAUUGGCAGAUGUGGUGAAACAUGUGGAAAAAGGUUACAAAAUGGAAGCUCCUGAAGGAUGUCCUCCAGAAGUAUAUGAAAUUAUGCGACAGGCAUGGGAUUUGAAUCCAGACAAGAGACCGUAUUUCCACGAAGUUAAGGCGAAACUUGGACACUUGAAAAUGCAAACAACAUUGUGAAAAAAUUAUUUAAUAUAAUAUAUACUGAGUAGUGUUUGUUAGAGUGGAUGUGGUAUGCAUAGGUAUAAUAUGCAAAAAUAUUUUAAAAUAAUUCUAUUAUUUCACCGUUUUCAUUAACAAAGUCAUUAAUUUUCAAUGUUUUGACAUGCGGGGUUUUAGUUUAAGUUUGAGUCUAAAGUAGUAUUCAUCAUGCAUUCCAAUUAUCGACAUCAAAAUCGAUUAAUUUAUUUAUUUUUUCUGAAUUUCUAUUAGGAAAGAAAUAUCGAUAUGGAUUAUUUUCAGUAUUUCUAAACAGAAAAUUGUUUACCUUCGAAAAUAAUCUAUUUCCUUUUCAAAAGUUGAAAAUUUACUUUUUUGAAUCAUAAAUAAAUUCAUCGGUUUAAUAUAUAUUGUUACUAAAUAUUUCAUGUUUAUUUAGGUGGGUGUUAGUAUUUUUGUUUUUAAUUAUUAUUUGUUUUAUUAUUUAAGAGAAUGUGAAUAACGAACCUUACAAGAAGAUAAGAAUAACACAAAAGAAUAUUGCAAGCAUACUAUUAAGUUUUGAACCAAAUUAACCCCUCUAUUUGAAGUAUUCACUUAUACCAUGGAUUAAAGACUUCCUAGAUAUAUAAUAUUGAUGGAAAUUUUAUCUAUAAUGAAAAAAUCCGUAAAUGUCUCUAGCACCCAGUGAUUGAAAUAUUUUAUGCAAGUUUAAAACCAGUUUAUGUGUAUUGAUUUGUGGUUUUACUAUACAACAUUGCAUAUUUAUCUUUUCAGUAAAAACUCUUUGUAUGUUUAAACUGAACAUUGUGAGAUUAAAACUACAUCUUCCAAAUUUAAUGUUAAAAAUAAUAAAAUAAGAAGUUUGUAUUUGAUUUUAGCAUUGUUGGAAAAAAUAGUACAAGUGUUAAUUUUUAUAAUUGAAAUUUUGAGACAGAAAUGAGUGAAGUUAACAAAAGUCACAUUUAAUAAUAGGUAAACCAAAGGAAAAACAAAAACAUUCAUAAAACAGAAAUGUACGUAACUAAAAAACAUUUCUUUAAAAUAAAGAAUUUAUUUAUAGAACAAAAUUAGGAACAUUCUAAUCCUUAUAUUCUAAUUAUUGCUUAUAUUAAUACUAAUAUUGAAAUUUGAACAAUUGGUUUCAAUUUAUUUGAAUUGUUAGGUAUAUUUAAUUGCUCUAGACGUUGAUAAAUAUCAAAGAUAGUUCAACUUAUUGAGAAAGUGUGAUAAUGCACAAUGAUCGCCCUCUUGACGUCGAAGUUAACCUACUUUCUCCGUGCUGAACUUCAAAAACAUAACCUCACUUUUCUACUGUAGUUUGUAGCUGAAAUUGACUUCUCUUAGUGAAAGGCUGAUAGAAUUUGUACCUUCUCAUGAGUGUACAUAUAACAAACAGUCGGCUGGUUACAAGAAAACUAAAAUAUGGUAGAAUAUAGGAAAUCGUCAAGAAAGAAAGGCUACAGUUUUCGAUAUCUGCUAAUUUUCUUUUGAAAUAUUCAACAAAUUUAUCUUUGUGUGUCGGAUGUUUCGUUUCAAUAUGUCUACGAAGAAGUAAUGGUUUUAAACUGCCGUUGGAAGGACUUUGUUACAUAUAACACAAAGCUGUUUAGAUUCCGACUCAUCCCCAGGAGAAUUUCAUUUGUUUUUUGUCAGGUGAAACGGUACUUCACUACAGCUUCGAGAACUAUCAUCUCGAUUAUCAUAUCUCGUUUUUAAACGACCCAUUUUUAAACCAUAGAUCCAUAAAAAAAGCUAUAAUAAUACAGUAGAACUUCACUAAUCCGACCUCGGAUGGUCCGACUCCUCGCUUAGUCUGAGCAUACGGUCGCUGUUACAGUCCCGUUUAGACCAUUUUUUACCGUGUGACUUCUCAAGUUUUAAUUAAGUGCAAAUCAGUUGUGUGUAGAUGCAAUACUGCUAUAAGGUAUGUACAGUUGUUAAAUUAAAGAUCAACAAUAUCUUACAACAUGAUAAAAGACCAUUUUUAUAGGUAUAGGCACUAUUGUACAUUACACUUUCGUGUAAGAUUUUUUAGUGUGUCGACGUUUUCUUUCCGUUUUAUUAUUGUUUUAACGUGGAAAAAUAUUUCAGACAGUACUUUCAAUUAAAAUUACAAUUAUAAUUACUGUAUUGGUCAAUAAAAACUUUCCUCUGAUAAUCAGACUUCUUUUGCGAUCCGACCAUGCUUCCGGUCCUGAAGGGGACGGAUUAACGAGGUUCUACUGUAAUUAAAUUAAUAAUUAUUAAAUUAUUUACAUGAUAACUUGACAUUCACAGUAUCGCUCAAGUUUUACAAGUGCUGAUUCUUUGUAUGGCGUUUUAAUAGAUCCGCCAUUACAAUAUUAUUUUCGCGAACCUCCAGAGGUAUGGAACCACCGGUUGGGAAUCACUAUUGUUGACAUAUAUUUCUUGAAAUGAUAUCCAUUUAAGUAGAUCUAUAUAGACUAUAGGACAUAUGACAAGUUUCACUAUUUUGAAGUUCUGUUACAAAAUUUAAUCGUGUAUUGUUUUGGCAUUUGUACUUAUUUUUAUCUUUACAAAUAUAAAUUAUUUUGAAUAGCUAAAAUCAAUUUGCCAAAAAAUUUUAUAGGAAUAGUUGAAUGUUUCAAGUCACUCACUUUUAACUUUUUAAUAAUUCAUGUAUUAAUAAUUAUAAGGAAAAUGUGUAAAAGUAUUUUGUGUGAUAUUUACUACUUAGAGACUCAUUUUUUCUCUCACAAUUUUGAACAUUGGUGGAAUUGUGCUUUAUGCAGGUCGGUUCAUUAUUACUAAAGCUGUUUUCCUAUCAGUAUGUAUCAAUUUUUCCAGGUUACUAGAAGAAUUUCCUAUAUUUCUAAAAAUUAGCACUAUAACUUGUGUCAGUCUGUAUUUUUGGCAUUAGAAUUGUUCUCCUAUUGUACUGUUGUAAUUAUUGAAAAAAAAAAUUAUUUGGAUUAAUUUGAAAAUGUACUAGCUUCAAUAUAAACUGCUGAUUAUAGAAAAACAGUUUUGACAUAUUUUAUUAAAUAAGCCUAAAUAUUUCUUGUGAUAUAUAUAAUUGACAAUCAUAGUAAAUAUUCAUCGAUUUUUUAUUUUAACCUGAAUUUAUUAUUGCACUUUAUCUUUCAUUGUUUACGAAAUUAAUGAACUAUCCUGCAUAUAUAGAUUGUCUUACCUUUGUACCGCAAAAAUGAUAAAUUCUGUAUAAUAGUAUAUUAUUCAAGAGUGCAUAAUGGAGGUUGGUGAUUUACUACUACUUUACAUUUACCAAUGAGCAGAUUACAACAUUAACAAGGACUUCAUUUUUAUACAAGACGUAUUUUUUAAAUAUUUUUAGAGGGAGCUUGGAAACUAUUAAUUUUUUUAUUAAGUCCAAUAUAAUACAUGCACCCCAGUUAUUAAUAAAAGAUCCGCGAUCUUAGCUCCUCAUCAUCAGGAAUUUUUUUGAUUUAAAUUUUUUUAUAUAUGUGCAGUUUUGGAUAAUAUUAUCGCCUUUAACCAAUUUAAUAAUGUGGUGAUAAAGAUAAAUCAAUCUGUAUAUUUGAAAUCUCGUGGUGUAUAUUUGCUUUAUUUUGUUAAUAACACCCUUAUUGUUAUUAAAAUUUUUGUGAAAUUGUGCAGAACAUGACAAAUCAGAUUUUGGAAGUUCGGCCGAAAGCGCUUGUUUUGAUUGUUUCGAAUGGAUUUGUGUUGAUAAUGUAUAUUUUUUAUUUGUAUUUUGAAAUUCUGCUGGAAUUUGAGAAAUAAACUUUUUUAUGUGUU